GGGGCGGGAAGGUAAGAAACUUCAAAGAUCUCAUUUGGCGGUGGCAGGAUCUGACGUGCCCCCGGCCGGACCAGGGCGGAGCUCCGCUCAAACUGAGAUGCUGCCACACUCUGCGGAGCUGAGUCAGGUCGGGAUCUUCUCGCGGCCCGUGAAGCGACGGGCACCAACUACAGCCAAACCAGCCUGUCGACGGACAGAACGCCUCACCAGUUAUUAGACCGUAAGGAUUCAGACGCCCCGCUGUCUCCAAGGGCAACGAGAGACCUCACUUCCGGAAACGUCGCGUACGGAGGGCGCUGCUAUUCUAUGUCACUUCCGCUCCCUGGGCUUUGCGGAUCUGGGGAGGGUGAGGUGGGGUUACAUUGGACGGGAUUGUUUCUCUUCCGGCGCUGGACACUGUAUUAGAGAAGGCGUUAGAAUCGCUGCGUCCGCUAGUGGCAGGCUCUUCCUGCAGACCAGGCCUUCGCGUUUCUGGUCAGGUAGCACCGGUACGGUGGCCGAGGAGGUUUGAGUGCGCCGGAAGUCGUCCUCGGCGCUCGCGCCUGGCUGGGCUAGAGACGCACGUGGCGCGGCCGGAGAGAACAUGUCUUUCCGAGGAGGAGGAGGAGGUCGCGGAGGCUUUAAUCGCGGUGGCGGAGGCGGCGGCUUCAACCGUGGCGGCGGCGGUAGCAACAACCACUUCCGAGGGGGCGGUGGCGGCGGCAAUUUCAGAGGCGGCGGCCGAGGAGGGUUUGGACGAGGGGGCGGUCGUGGAGGCUUUAAUAAAUUCCAAGAUCAAGGACCUCCAGAACACGUCGUCUUGUUAGGAGAGUUCAUGCACCCCUGUGAAGAUGACAUCGUUUGUAAAUGUACCACAGAGGAGAACAAGGUGCCGUACUUCAACGCUCCUGUGUUUUUAGAAAACAAAGAACAGAUUGGAAAAGUGGAUGAGAUAUUUGGACAACUUAGAGAUUUUUAUUUUUCAGUCAAACUAUCAGAAAACAUGAAGGCAUCGUCCUUUAAAAAGCUCCAGAAGUUUUAUAUAGAUCCGUAUAAGCUGCUGCCAUUGCAGAGGUUUCUGCCUCGUCCUCCUGGCGAGAAAGGACCUCCCAGAGGUGGAGGUGGUGGUGGCAGGGGAGGUCGAGGAGGAGGAAGAGGAGGUGGUGGCCGAGGUGGUGGAAGAGGUGGUGGCUUUAGAGGUGGAAGAGGUGGAGGUGGGGGCUUCAGAGGAGGAAGAGGAGGUGGUGGAUUCCGAGGAAGAGGACAUUAGAUGUGGCAGUUGGUAGACCUCACGUCUUCUGUUUUCUCUGCGUGAUCUUCUGCUGUGAUUGAAGUCUGUCUGGAGCCUUGAGGAUGCCGCUCUGUCAGUGGAGCUGAAUCGUCUGUCAGCACUGGGUAGAAACAAGUGGGGCAGAACAGUCGUUUGUGCCCAGAAAGAGCAUGAAGACCCCGCUCUGUGCAGUACCUGGGACUUAAGCCUGGUGGGUGCUUAAGGAACAACAGGACUUCUCCUCUGAAGCAUACUUUGAGUUUUUUAAAUAAAAUUUUUUAUUUCUUUAA